AUGAAACAUCAUUCAAUGUUGCAUUCCAACACCGUGAAGUCGGAUAACAGUGAAAACAAGGCAAGUGGUUCGAGAGCUGUCACUAAUCAUCACACCGGCGGCAAGGCAUCACUUUUUCGCAUUCUUCCGGUCACUCUUCAUGGCAACAAUCGUUCCAUAUCAGUGUUCGCUUUCUUGGAUGAUGGUUCGGAGCGUACUCUCGUGGAAGAAGAUGUGGUGAAAAAGCUGGGAGUGGAAGGUGAACAUCUUCCAUUGUGCUUACAGUGGACGGCGAACGUGAAGAGAACGGAAGCAGGUUCACAGAGAAUUGGGCUAGAAAUUGCAGGACGAUUAAGCAGUGCGAAGCAUAAGCUGGUAGAUGUACGUACAGUGAGCAAGUUGGAUCUGCCACGACAAAGUAUCCAGUAUGCGAAGUUGGCGGAAACAUUUCCAUACUUACGAGGACUUCCCGUUCAAGAUUAUGAGAAAGCCGUUCCGUGCAUUCUGAUUGGAAACGACAACGCUCACGUCACGGCCACUUUAAAAUUGCGUGAAGGACAACCAGGCGAGCCAGUAGCUGCGAAAACCAGGUUGGGUUGGACAAUUUACGGAAAGAAUUCGUGUAAAUCGGAAAGUCCAGCUCAUAUUUUCCACAUUUGCGAAUGCUACAAGGAUGAGUCGCUUCAUGACCUGGUUACUCAAUUCUUUUCCGUCGAAUCAUUGGGAAUCACAGAAACGGCGUGUCCAGAAUCCGAAGAAGUACAGAGGGCGAAUCAAAUUCUACGAGCGACCACGAAGCGGAUGGGGCCGCGUUUCGAAACGGGUCUUAUAUGGAAAUAUGACAAAUUUGAAUUCCCGGAUAGCUACGCCAUGGCAGUAAGAAGACUUGAGUGUUUGGAACGUCGAAUUCGAAGCGAUCCUGUGAUCGGAGAAAGCGUGAUGCGACAGAUGAAAGAGUAUCAAAUAAAGGGAUAUAUCCAUAAGGCGACAGAGGAGGAACUAGAAGGAGCUGAUCCGCGGAGAGUUUGGUAUUUGCCUCUUGGGGUUGCUUUAAACCCAAAAAAACCGACGAAGGUACGCAUAUUUUGCGAUGCAGCGGCAAAGGUAGAUGGGAUAUCUCUCAACACGAUGCUCUUAAAAGGUCCCGAUCUGCUCAACAGUUUACUGGCGGUGCUUUUUGGUUUUCGAGAAAAAAAGAUCGCGCUUUGUGCAGAUCUCAAGGAAAUGUUCCACCAGGUACAAAUAAGGAAGGAAGACAGACAUGCCCAGAGACUGCUAUGGCGUGAGGAUUCAUCCCACGAACCGGACAUUUAUUUGAUGGAUGUUGCCACAUUUGGUGCUGCUUGUUCGCCCUGCUCGGCGCAAUUUGUUAAAAAUCUAAAUGCGGCCGAACAUGCAGAGAGUUUUCCUGCCGCCGUUGAUGCCAUUCUACGUAAACACUACGUGGAUGAUUAUUUGGAUAGCGCUGAUAAUGUGGACGAAGCCGUGAAGCUUGCGCUGGAAAUCAAACACGUUCAUUCCUUAGGGGGGUUUCAACUGCGGAAUUGGUUAUCUAACUCCCAAGAUGUCCUCACACGGGUCGGGGAUAAUGAUUCGGUUGCUGAACAAAGCCUACAGCUGGAUAAAGACAGUGUAACGGAACGCGUACUUGGAGUAUUUUGGAAGUUAGAGAAGGAUGUGUUCACGUUUUCGUCAGCAAUGAGCACGCAUGAAGAACGACCAACGAAAAGGCAAGCGUUGAGCAUAGUCAUGAGCACGUUUGACCCACUAGGCUUCUUGGCACAUUUUACCAUACGUGGCAAGAUAGUGAUACAAUCCUUAUGGAGAGCGCAAACCAUGUGGGAUGAGUUAAUACCGAACAAACUUUGUGAGCAAUGGACCGCGUGGACGAGGCAAUUUCAGUGUUUACAUCAAGUACGGAUAGCACGCUGUUAUUUCCCACACCGAUCCGUCAACCAAAUCAUUUCGCUACAAUUGCACGUAUUUGUCGAUGCGAGCGAAGAAGCUUUUGCGUGCGUGGCGUACUUUCGAGCAGAAUUUAAAAAGCACUUCGAAGUGGCAUUAGUUGCGGGCAAGUCGAAAGUGGCGCCACUCAAAGUUCUAUCCAUUCCACGAAUGGAACUAAUGGCAGCUGUAAUCGGGGUACGGCUUAUGAACACAAUCAUUGAUGGGCACACUUUGCGAAUCGACGAGUGCACCUUAUGGAGCGAUUCUAAAACCGUUCUGGCCUGGAUAAACUCUGAUCACCGUAAAUACCGUCAAUUUGUCGCCUGUCGCGUAGGCGAGAUACUAACAAAAACGAAGCAGUGUCAAUGGCGGUGGAUACCGUCGAAAGAUAAUGUGGCGGACGAUGCUACUAAAUGGGGGAAAAACCCUUGCUUGUCGUCUGAUACACGGUGGUUCAAAGGUCCGGGGUUUCUUCAUCUUCACGAGGACCAAUGGCCCACAGAAGCAAAAAUUAAAGUGAAUCAGACAACCGAAGAGCUUCGAUCUUGUUUGGUACACCAAGAAGUGAUAGCAAAGCACCAAGUGAAAUGGGAUCGCUUCUCGCAAUGGAAGGACUGUGGCAUGCAUCAGCGUAUAUCUAUCGUUACGUAA